AUGAGGAACGCCCGGGGAGAUUUGCGCAUGUAUCAUACACCGACGUCUUACGAUCACUCGACACCAACAGAUAUUGGACGCCAUAAUCGCAAUGGUGUGCUCCUAGAUAUCGAUCCACAUAAUUACACUAGUGGGCACUGGCUUCGGAAUGACGAGGAGGAGCGAGCCUCUCGCUACAUUCAAUUCGAUUUUGAUGCCCUCUGUCGCAAAGUCCUUACUCUAUCGCCAGGUGCACGUACCAUCACGAGAUGUCAAAAAUUGGAAGGUGGUUUCAACCGGGUCUUCAUUUUCGAACUGGACAACGACAAACGAGUGGUUGCAAGACUUCCGUUUUCGCUGGCUGGUCCGGCACAGCUGACUACCAGUUCUGAGAUCGCAACGAUCGAAUAUCUGCAAGCCAAUACUACCGUUCCUAUACCCAAGAUACUCGACUGGAGCAACGAUGCCACGAGCAUCGAUAAUCCCAUUGGCAGCGAAUACAUCAUCAUGGAGCAUGCAACUGGUGUUCAGUUGCACAAGAAGUGGCAUGAAAUGGACGGUAAAAAACGUAUCAAGUGUAUAGACGCAAUCUACCGGAAGCUUAAAGAAGUGGUUGACCUACAGUUUCCGUGCUUUGGGAGUCUGUAUUCUAUACACAGUCCCGUAAGCCCCGACAACAAGCGUGUGCUUGACGGAGAAUUCUGUAUUGGACCACAUUGUGGAACCAGAUACUGGAAUUGUGACGUUGGAAGAGGCCAAGCUUCACACGAUACAAAACCCAACCGGGGGCCCUGGAAUGACCUUUAUGAAUACUGCGAUGGCCUUAUUGAUGCUGGUCUAUCGAAGCUUCCGGCUGUGGACUCGGAAACGAAACGACGACCGAUGUAUCAUGGCUCAGUCGAAACACACAAGAUGCUUCUAGCUCAGACGCGAGACCUGAUGAGAUGCAUGUCUCAGGAUUCCCGGAUAAUGGACUGUGCGACACCAGCCGCUAGCAUUGAGCCGGCGUUUUGGUAUGCGGAUGAGAUUCCCGACUUUGCAACGGAGAACGAGGUCUGCACUAGAGCAUUUGAUGUCUGCACCCAAUUUCUUAUACCCAUGCUCUCAAAGCCGAGAUUAAUGGACCAAAAUCUAUCCCGACCGUUUCGCUACAGCUACAGGACGUGGAAGGAUGGAGCUGUGGCACUACACCACGACUUGAUUGACACAUCUCAAAACUGGGAAAAGCUAGGCUUUGCAGGACCAUGUCCGUACGCAGUUCCCCCACCGCUUGAACUGGCAGAUCAUCAGAAGAAGUAUAGACUUUUUGAAGCAGCGCAUAAUCUGCGUUAUGACCUGGCAGGCUUGCUCAACACAGCCACUGAUGGCUGGGUGCCAACGGGCGACUGGGAGGCGGCGCAGACAGCGCAUCAUGAGAUGUUUGAUGGAAUGUUGCAGGCCGUAUUGACCAAUCCUGAGAUUGACGAUCCUGAUGAGCCUGUGAAGGAUGAAGAGACACUGAGAUCCAUAUGGCCCUUUGAUAUUUUAGGUUCCGCUUGA